GUGGGCUUUGUGUGGCCUCUCCUCCCUCGUUAUCUCCUUCGUUCCUCCCUCCAAAACCCUCAUUUUUCUCCUCCAAAUCCCUUGUUUUCUCUCUCGAAUUCUCUGAUUUAGCUUUGGAUUUCUCCUUCUCGAGGGUUUGUGGAGCUUCUUCAUCUCCAAUCGGAGGAUCCUCAUCGCCAUCGAUGCUGUCGCGGAGGUCAUUUAGUUGCCUUUUCAUUCUCCGGUCACUGGAGAUGCACUAAUCUUCGGGAGUCCAUGAGAUUUCGUGGAUUUCGAUGGCUUCGGUGCCGUCGAUGUCUGUGCCGGUGGAGUGCGUGAAUUUGUGCAAGGUUUUGAAAGGGGAAGGUGCUGGGCGGUACGAGUGUAGUGUGUUGUCUUGCGCUUGGAAGGCGCCGAGGGUACUCACCGGAUCGCUGGCUAGCACUCCGUUACCUCAGAGCUCGUCGAGUAGCUGUAAUUGGCGCUCUCGGAGGCAGUGGCGGCGGCAGUCUCAUUGCCCAAGCACUGCUAGCGAUAGGCAUGAAGCCUUUAAUUCCAGGAACCACUACUCUAGAGAAUAUGCUGAUACACUGCUCACUGCAACAUAUAUACACUCACGCAGGACCCUUCUUUCUGGGAAAACAUGGAAGCUGUGUUGUAAUUCCUCAUCUUCAGAAUCAUUUGAUUCAAUUUCUCCAGAAUCUCUCUGGGAGGACCUGAAACCAACUAUAUCAUAUCUUGCACCAGAUGAGUUGAAGUUAGUGCAUAAUGCCUUGAAGCUUGCAUUUGAAGCACACAAUGGUCAGAGGAGGCGAAGUGGUGAACCCUUUAUCAUUCAUCCAGUUGAAGUUGCUCGUAUUCUUGGAGAACAUGAAUUGGACUGGGAAUCUGUGGCUGCUGGCCUACUGCAUGAUACGGUUGAAGACACAAAUGUUGUUACAUUUGAGAGGAUAGAAAAAGAGUUUGGUGCUACUGUACGGCACAUUGUCGAGGGAGAGACCAAGGUCUCCAAGCUUGGAAAGCUUCAGUGUAAAGACAAAAAAAGUUCAGUGCAAGAUGUGAAGGCCGAAGACUUGAGGCAAAUGUUUCUUGCUAUGACAGAAGAGGUCCGAGUUAUUAUUGUCAAGUUAGCUGACAGAUUGCAUAACAUGCGUACUCUUGCACAUAUGCCACAACACAAGCAGUCCAGCAUUUCACUGGAGACGCUACAGGUGUUUGCUCCUUUAGCAAAGCUCCUUGGGAUGUACCAGAUUAAGGCAGAAUUGGAAUUCCUCUCUUUCAUGUAUACCAAUGCUCAGGAGUUCACUGACCUGAAGAAAAGAGUUGAAGAUCUUUAUAAAGAGCACGAGAAAGAACUCAUGGAGGCUGAGAAAAUACUGAGGCAAAAAAUCAUGGAAGAUCAGUUUUUGGAUCUUGUGGCCGUGAAAACAGAAGUCCGUUCUGUGUGCAAAGAACUAUACAGCAUAUAUAAAGCUGUGUUGAAAUCUAAAGGGUCUAUUAAGGAGGUCAACCAAAUUGCCCAGCUUCGUAUCAUCAUAAAACCAAAAACAUGCGUUGGAGUUGGGCCUCUAUGUAGUGCUCAACAGAUUUGCUACCAUGUCCUUGGCCUCGUUCAUGAAAUCUGGACCCCCAUUCCUCGAGCUGUGAAAGAUUACAUAGCAACCCCAAAACCUAAUGGUUAUCAAAGUUUGCACACCACGGUGAUACCAUUUUUAUAUGAAAGCAUGUUUCGUCUAGAAGUUCAGGUGAGAACUGAAGAAAUGGACCUAAUAGCUGAGAGAGGUAUUGCUGCCCAUUACAGUGGAAAAGGAAACUUUUCUGGUGUGGUUGGACAUGGAGUACAUAAUGGUAGAAAUCCAAAAGGAAAAACUGUCUGCUUGAACAAUGCUGAUAUUGCUCUUAGGAUUGGUUGGCUCAAUGCUAUUAGAGAAUGGCAAGAGGAGUUUGUUGGGAACAUGAGUUCUAGGGAAUUUGUGGAUACAAUAAUGAGAGACCUUUUGGGAAGCCGUGUUUUUGUUUUUACACCAAAAGGAGAGAUUAAAAAUCUUCCCAAGGGUGCUACUGUUAUUGAUUAUGCUUACCUUAUACAUACUGAGAUUGGCAACAAAAUGGUCGCUGCAAAGGUCAACGGCAAUCUUGUUUCACCUAUGCAUGUGCUUGCAAAUGCUGAAGUUGUGGAGAUCAUUACAUACAAUGCAUUAUCAAGCAAAUCUGCUUUUCAGCGGCACCAGCAGUGGUUGCAGCAUGCAAAGACUCGCAGUGCUCGACACAAAAUCAUGAAAUUCUUGAGAGAGCAAGCUGCGCUUUCGGCCUCUGAAAUUACUGCAGACACAGUAAAUGACUUUGUCGCAGAUCUAGAAGAUGAUGGUGACUAUGAAGAAAUAUCCACAAGUCCUCCCCAGAAGAGCAAAUCUUUGUGGGAAAGAAUUCUUAUGAACAUCGAGGAGCUAUCUUCUGCAAAGAAAGGUCAGGAGGAUCUUGUGCCUGUCCGAAACUCUAUUGCCACCCCUAAGGUUAAUGGUAAACACAACAAAAACAUUCAGAAUAUUAGCCUGAAGGUUAACGGCAAUCCGGUUGUUUCUGAUGGUAUUGUUGAGUUUAUACAUGCCAAUGCUCCUUUAUAUAAAGAAGUUGUGCCCAGUUUAGAGAGCUGGAAAGCAGGGAAAGUUGCAAUGUGGCAUAAUGUGGAAGGGUGCUCAGUUCAGUGGCUCUGCAUUUUAUGUAUUGAUCGAAAAGGCAUGAUGGCCGAAGUAACAUCAGCAUUGACAGCGGUCGGGAUCAUGAUAUGUUCCUGUGUGGCAGAGAUUGACCGAAGAAAAGGAAUGGGUGUGCUGUUAUUUCAAGUGGAAGGAUCUGAUGCCAAUCUGGUGGAUGCAUGCGCAAGUUUGGAUGUGAUCGUCGGUGUCCUGGGUUGGUCCAUGGGUUGCAGUUGGUCAAGCCCAUUGGAUGAUCACUCCUUCCUUGAAUGCUAAGGAGUCAGAAACAAACAUGAUUGUAAGUACUGUGAUUUUGUUAUUCAGAAAGCAAUAGUUUUACUAGUGAAAAGUGAGUUUUAAAAUUUAUUUAUUGAAGAAAAGCCAUAUAAAAUAAACCAACAGCAGCUAAUUGAGCUAGCUUGUGAAAUGAGGAGAAUGUACAUAGUUUUGAGAGAAAGAGAGAGAGAGUAAACAAACAGAGCCUUUUAUUAUUUAGCAUGAAUUUCAUUUAUA